AAAAAACUUUUUUUAAAAAAUUAUAAUUGGUGUGAUAUACGCUACUUUUAUAUAGAUGGAAGAAGAAAAAAAAAAGAAAAUUAACAUUUUUCAUCAAUAUUCAUGCCAUUUCUCAUUUUACGAAUCACACGCGGUUGCCUUGACAUCAAACAAAACAAAAAUCUCAAAGUCACGCACACCUCCAGAAAUCUGAUUUGUCUCUAACUGUAAGCCCCGGCGGCAUAACGGUCAGUCAAAAUCUUUCAUUUCAGUUUCUCAAUCCUCUCCGGUUUGACGCUUUCCGAUUACUCCACUCUUGACGUUAAUCAAACCAAACCCUAAGCUGACAUCACCCCUUUCUAUUUCUAUCAGAUCGGAUUCAACAGAUUAAUCUCUGAUUCUCCCUCUCUCUCUCUCUCGCUCUCGUAAAUCGGAUCACAACCGUCGAUUCGUUUGAUUAAAAUUCUCGAUGACAUCGUCGCCGCACUAUUCAUCUUGCGGAGAAUCCGAGUUCGAACGCUAUUGCAGCGCGAACUCGGCGCUUGGAACGCCGAGUUCAAUAGCUACAUUUAAUGAUUGUUUCGGAGAAUCUGAGUUCGGGUCAGUGAGGAGUAUUAGUGGUUUCUCAUUAGAUGAUGAUUUUGAGAAUUUCAGUUUGGAGGGGAAAGUUCCAUCCAAUCGGAGAAUUGAGUUUCCAAAAGACAGAAUCGAAGAAGAAAGGAGAUUUGUUAAUGUUAAAAGUGUUGAGGAAGGUAGUUCAUCAUGUUUGAAUACGGAGUUAAGGGAGGAAGAUGGGAAUUCAUCGAGAUAUGAGCAUUCAGAAGGGGAAGAUUCGAUGUAUAACCAUGGGACGGAUGAUGAUGAGUUUAGGAAUAAUUAUUAUUAUUAUUAUAGGAAGAAAGAUACAAAUGAGAAUGAGAGUAAGAAUGUGAACGAGAAUCCUUUGGGGAUUAAUUCGUCUGUGACGUUUGGUGCCAAUGAUUGGGAUGAUUUUGAGCUAGAAGCGGGCUCGGAUGAUCUGACUUCUUUCGUACUAGAUGCAUCCAUCACAAGGGAAAAACUUCAAGGUAGGGAUGAAUUACAAGAGAAUGUCGGUGUAUUUCCUAUUUAUUUUUCAAGUUCAGGUGAAUCGAAGCUUGUAGAAGAAGUGAAAGACAUUCCUGUUGUGAGUUAUGAAAAAAAAGUAGCUGAUGAUUUAGUAGAAGAGGCAAAAAAUUCUUUGGUCAUUGCAGUGGGUUCUCGAAGGGGUCAUGAGGAAGAGAAGUAUGUGAAAUAUAUUCCUGCUACUAAAAAUCAACACCAAGAUGCCAAUGACGACAUGAAGUAUCUAGAAACUUGUUCUGUUACUGAUGUCUUUGCAAUGGAGCAGGAUCCUCCUGUAGAAAAAGCUCCUGUGGAGAUAGGUUUGGAUGUUGUGGAUAGGGUAAGGCAGCAUCAAUCUUCUGAUGUUAAGGAAAUGACUGCUGCUGAUGAGAGUAAAUUAUCUGAAAGACAGGAAAUUGGCAAGUGUAAAGCAGAAUUGGAUCCCCUUGCUGGUUGUGUCCAUCCACUACACUCUCCUCAAAAAAUAAAUGCAGAGCUGUUUGACGAUGGCAAACCAGAUUCACCUACAUCUACGUGUGAAAGUAUUGUGAGCAGUACAUUCAAGAAUCUCCCAGUGCCAGCAGAUGUAUUUGAAGAGCAUUCUGGACCAGCCAAGGUGGAGAAUCAUGAGCUAAACGAAUUUUAUGAUGAGGUUGUUCAUGACAUGGAAGAAAUUUUGCUUGAGUCUGUUGACUCUCCCGGACUCAUGUUCUCUCAGGGCAAUAGGAUGUUUCAAUCACAGUUAUCCGUACCUCUAAGAGAUGGAGGGUCAACUGCUUCUACUUCAGGUGGAGAUGAUGCUUACCCACGCUCUGCACAUGUGCUGAGAAUAGAUGGUGUUGAAGUGGUGGGCGCAAAGCAGAAGAAAGGAGACGUCUCCCUUAGUGAAAGAUUGGUUGGGGUCAAGGAAUACACUGUGUAUAAGAUAAGAGUGUGGUGUGGCAAUGACCAUUGGGAGGUUGAACGCAGAUACCGCGAUUUCUGUACUCUCCAUCGUCGCUUGAAAUCAUUAUUCUCUGAACAAGGUUGGAUUCUUCCUCCUCCCUGGUCAUCUGUAGAAAGGGAAUCUAGAAAGAUAUUUGGGAAUGCAUCUCCUGUUGUUAUUGCUGAAAGAAGCAUUCUUAUUCAAGAAUGUUUACGUUCCAUUAUACAUUCCAGGUUUUCUUCUAGUCCUCCAACUGCAUUGAUUUGGUUUUUGUCUCCUCAAGAUUCAUUUCCUGGCAGCUCUCCACCAAAUCACCUGUUGUCUCAGUCUACAUAUUUUUCAAGAGGGCAAGAUACACAAAAUAUUUCUCCCUUAGGGAAGACUAUAUCGCUUAUUGUCGAAAUUCGACCACCUAAAUCAAUGAAACAGAUUUUAGAAGCUCAACAUUACACUUGUGCUGGAUGCCACAAACAUUUUGAUGAUGGAAUGACUCUAAUGCAAGAUUUGGUCCAAUCAUUUGGAUGGGGAAAGCCUAGACUUUGUGAGUACACUGGCCAGUUGUUUUGUUCUUCCUGUCACACAAAUGAGAUGGCAGUCUUACCAGCAAGAGUGUUGCAUCAUUGGGAUUUUAUUCGAUAUCCAGUUUCUCAAUUGGCUAAGUCAUAUCUGGAUUCUAUACAUGACCAGCCCAUGCUUUGUGUUAGUGCAGUUAAUCCUUUCCUGUUUUCGAAAGUUCCAGCCCUGCACCAUGUUAUGGGCAUCAGGAAAAAAAUAGGAAAUAUGCUUCCAUAUGUUCGCUGUCCAUUUCGCAUGUCAAUCAACAAAGGACUUGGAUCUCGAAGAUAUCUUCUAGAAAGCAAUGAUUUUUUUGCACUUAGGGAUCUCAUUGAUCUUUCCAAAGGAGCUUUUGCAGCUCUUCCUAUGAUGGUGGAAACUGUAUCAAGGAAAAUUCGGGAGCAUAUCGUAGAGCAAUGCCUCAUAUGCUGUGAUGUGGGAGUCCCCUGCAGUGCUCGCCAGUCGUGUAAUGACCCAUCAUUUCUCAUCUUUCCUUUUCAGGAAGGUGAGAUUGAAAAGUGUAUAUCCUGUGGGUCAGUUUUCCAUAAGCAUUGCUUUAAAAAGAUUGCAAACUGUCCUUGUGGGGCACUACUUACAGCAGAUGAGGAUACGAGGCAUUCAAAUAGUCUAAUCCGUGGGGCAAAUGGAGCAUUGGACUUGUUAGGGAAGAGGUCAAGUUCUGGGUUACCUGUGGGUUUCCUCUCUGGACUUUUUUCAAGGACAAAGGCAGAAGGGAUGGACCACAAGGACAAUGAAAAUAUCAUUUUGAUGGGUUCUCUGCCAAGCAAUUAUUUGUGAUCCCCUGUAUGGUAUGCUUUGUACAUGCAGUUUGAUACUUUGACUUGACGUUUGGGAUUUUAUUUGUGGGACCUUGGUUUCUAUUAUCCGAAUAAUCAGAACUAAUCCAUAUUUGAUAUGAUCAAA